CUCAGCAUAUAGAAGAAGCACAUAACUUUUCAUCUGCCGUUGGCUAGCCAGAAGCAAAAAUGCAGAUCUUCGUGAAAACCCUAACGGGGAAGACAAUCACCCUCGAGGUCGAGUCCUCCGAUACGAUCGACAAUGUCAAGGCCAAGAUCCAGGACAAGGAAGGAAUCCCUCCGGACCAGCAGCGAUUGAUCUUCGCCGGGAAGCAGCUCGAGGACGGACGCACCCUCGCCGACUACAACAUCCAGAAGGAAUCGACGCUUCACCUCGUCCUCCGUCUCCGUGGUGGCGCGAAGAAGAGGAAGAAGAAGACCUACACCAAGCCUAAGAAGAUCAAGCACAAGCACAGGAAGGUCAAGCUCGCCGUUCUCCAGUUCUACAAGGUCGAUGGCUCCGGCAAGGUCCAGCGUCUGAGGAAGGAGUGCCCUAACGCGACAUGUGGUGCUGGAACCUUCAUGGCUAGCCAUUUCGAUCGUCACUACUGUGGUAAGUGCGGUCUCACUUACGUCUACCAGAAAGAAGGAGGCGAAGAGUGAUCUCGCUUUAUCCUAACAUCUCCAUCUUGGAUUACUGCUUUUCUUAAUUUUUGGGAAUUUUCGAAGUGUUUUUGCUGUUAUGGAUCUUAUUAUGUUGAACAUCUAUGGUUCUGGAUUUCGUAUCUAGAACCCGAAUUUCUAGGUUUAUUUUAUGGAUAUUAUGCCCUCGUUGUGUUCUUCGUUAAUGCUUGUUCAGUCUAUUAUGCUAAUUCAUUACU